CCCGCAACCCAGAUUCGCGAUGUCCGAAACCAUGCAGGCAUGUCACGAGCGGUACAGAAGCUCCAGGGCCAAAGAAGGUCGCUUGAAGUUGAGCACAUCAUGCACGGAGUGCCACAGACGAAAGCAGAAGUGCGAUCGAAAACGUCCGUGCCGAACUUGCACAAGAAGAUUCCCGCAGGUUGCAUGUAUCUAUCGCACCCUUGAUAACAGCAGCAUUACGAGUCCUAUUGAAUACCUACUGCAAGAUAGAACUGCAUCAUCAUCGCCAUGUCGGGAGGUCGCAAAGAUCACUUGUGCUUCAGAACAAGAAGCAAAGAACUCGCAAAAUGGCAAGCCAGCAAUCAUCUCGUACUACCGGAAAUUAGGCUCUCUAUAUCAAGACUUUGCUCAAUCACAUGAUCUCUGUUCCAACAGCGUUGAUCUUCAUGAUCCAUCUACCUACCAGCAGCUUCUGACUACUAUGGUCUCACGGAUGUCUGGAAUUGUGGAAGGCAAGAUGGGCAGCCAUGAGAAUGACCUUGGAUUUUUUGAAGAUUCCAAUGAAAAUUCCUCGAGGUCCUGGGACAGAGAUCCAUUCAUUAGAGAUGGUUCUCAAAGGAUGGAGGCACGGCAGAUGCUACAGAAGGUUACACGAUGCCCUAAACCGAGCAGUUUCAGCAUCACCUCAGUCGAUCCAUUGCACUACCUUGGCGUGAAACCGGUCGCCCAAAGUUCAGAAUUACUCCAAGCGUUCGUCAAUCAAGUCGCAAGAUAUGUCACCUCAAUUGACGGCCGCUGCCAGCCCAAUUAUUACAAUGAUGUUUGGGUUCCAUGGUCCAUGAAAUCACCAUUGCUUGCGAAUCUGGCAAUCUUCACCGCUUCAUGCUAUCAAGCAGAAGCAUACCGGAGAGCUCCGAAAGAGUCACCGGUUGUGUUGAGAUACAAAUGUGAUGCGCUGACUCAGCUCAAUGGGAUGCUCUCCAACAAGGAUACUUCAACAAGUAACGAGGUCAUUGGCGCAAUCAUUAUUCUGAUUAUCAAUGAAUGGUAUUGGAGUGGCUAUGAAGUGGUCCAAGGACAUCUGAAUGGCCUCAAAGAGAUUGUAAGACUGCGGGUUGGGCUGGGAGAGCUAGGAAUGAGCGGUUUUCUGAGAAGGAUGAUCCUCCUGACCGAUUAUCAAAUGGCCAUAUCAUACAAGCAGGAGCCAACAUUUCCCCACAAUGUUGAAAGACCUGGCAUACACCCAGUUCACAUGAACUCUCCGUUCAUCCGAUCGCGGGAUAAAUUCUCGAAGCAUAUCGAUCAACUAGAUAUCCGCCGAGAAACAGCUGCGCUUCUAGACGAUAUGCGGUCCCUCCUGUUGGUUGUUUUGAAUCAUGUCGAUCGUGAGAUGUCCCUUUCAGAAAAGAACAAUCUCACAGCAGCAUCAAUCGCAAUCAAAGACCGCAUUUUUGCUCUACCAAGUGGAACAGGCGACUCGGAUCCUUUGGCAGGAGACUACAUCUACAAAAGCUGCCGUAUCGCUGCCCUGAUAUACUGCAAAGCAAUAGUGGAGAAAGUUUCUCUCUCGAAAGCCUGCACACUGUGGGACCUGGACUAUCUUUGGGUGAAUAUGUGGAAAAUUAGAUUGGCGCGUUGGAAGCAAAUACCCGGCAUAUUUUUGUUCGUCAUUCUAGCGGCGCUUCCAGCAGCCCAGGACACAGCUCAUGGUCGCUUUCUCAAGAGUACGCUCAAGACGACGGCGGCACAUAUCUCCAUUGACAACUGGAAUGUCGUGGACAAUUGUUUAAUGGCUCACAUUAAGCUCUCAAGAUGGUUGAGAGCUGGUGCAAAGGAGGUAAUUGGGAGGUCUGAGCCGAAGCCACUUGAGUUUGUGCACAUGUACGAAUGUUGA